UCUUUCAUUUUCAUUUGAGUCGAAGAACCGAAAUUUCUCUCAAUUUAGGGUUGUAUGAACUUUUUUUAUAAUUGUUCGAAAGUGGAAUCUCAUUUGAUCGCUGUUAUAGUGAUAGACUGCAACUUAGGUGAAGCGGAAGUGAUUGAAACUUCUCGAUGGCAGAGGAAUUGGAACUAACACUAAACUUUGAGUUUCGAGGUUUUUUGCUUCAACUUGGAAAGGAAUUGUCGUCACAAAACCUUGAACAUUUAAAGUUUGUUUUAGCAGAUUACUUCUCCGCUCAGUGUGAGGAAAUGACAUUUUGUACGUAUUUUGAUGAAUUGAAAAAAAGGUGUUUUCUCAGUCCGACCAAUUUUGGUGUGUUGAAGAAAGGUCUCGACAAAAUUGGGCGACAAGAUCUUGUGGACAAAAUAGUACAAAAAGAACAAUACUUUGCAAAGUUUUCAAUUCCAAGUGGUGCACCAAACUUGGGAACAUACGAUUUUGACACAAUGAGUGAUGGCAUUACAGACAAAAGACACAGUGGAAAAAACAGUCUUGAUUUGCAAAAUGAGUUGUUGAAAGUGAGCUCAUCAAAUGAAGAUGCAAUAACAAUAGAGGAAAUCUCUGCUGUAUUGCCAGACAGUGACCAUCAUGACAAACUGUCAGAGCAAAAGAAAGAAAAGACAAAGAAAACACAAGCUGAUAAUUCACUGAAAAAGGAGGAGGACAUGGAUGUCUCACAUGAUGGGUCCAUUAACUUACACAAUGAACAGACAACAAGUGACAAAGCAGCUAAAGACGAAUUCAUGGAAUCUCAUAUAACAGAACCAGGAGUUACUGGUGUGGAUAAGAAAAGCACAUUUAAAAAAUCUCCAAAGGAGCCUUGUGAGGAUGAGAUCCUAUACUGUAAUGAUCCAGAGGAAUUUUGUAGUGGAAAGGCUUCCAAUACUGGUUUACCUGAUGGAAAACUGCCCAGCAUGUCUUCAAAUAAUCUGGAUAGCGAUGUUGUUACUGAUGGUAAUCAAAAUGGAGAGGAAUCUGUUGCAGAAUCAAAGGCUAAUGGAGAAAAAUGUGGAAAGAAAAGUCCAAUAGAUGAUCCCGGAGCACGUCCGAAAGAGAAAAAAGCAAAAACUGCAGGACCAUGUGAAACUGCCAAUGAAAAUGCCAUGGAGGUGGAUGACAAAGUUACAGAAACCAAUCCUCAUGGCACAUUACAUUUUGCAAGUGGGUCAUCGGAAGACUAUGUAUUGGUUCCUCCUGAGAUCAAAAGUUCUAAAGAACCCACAGAAAGUGGGUAUUCUAAUCCGUCAUCUCCUGUUGGAACUGUUCAUGAAGAAGGAAGUGGGUCCAACUUAAACUUUAGUGAUGACAGUGCUGUGACGUCAAAAAAAGGACCAAAGGUACCCCUGCCUGGUUCAGCCCAUGGAACACACAUCAGCAUGGAGCUGCCUAAGGACUACCCUCCUACAGAUGGUUUCUCUACUCCACCUUCAGGCUUUGGGACACCCAUGUCCACUUGCCAUUCUCAUGACAAAAGGCCUUUGUUAUCAGAUGAGGAAGAACCAUAUGAAUCAGAACCUGCCAGCAUGGGGCUACCCAAGUUCCACCAUCCACCUGGUGUUUUCUCAACUCCUCCACCUUCAGUUUAUAAAGGUUCUAUGAACAGUGAUCAUGCUUACCCUGGCUUCAGUAAUCUUUCUGGUGAAGAACUGAUGGGAAUUGCUGCAGCAAUAGGGCUCGACUUUUCUGCCCAACAACAUCCCCCAAAACUGAAUCAUCAGCAACAGAUGGCAUUACUUCAACAGUUAUUAGCUUGUCAAGAAAGUUUGAGUGGACCUAAAGGAUUCACUAAUCCAGGACAACGGCCACCUGUGCCCAACAGCCAAACUCCCCCUUCUACAGACUUAACGGUGGGGGUUGAUUACUAUUGCAAAGAAGGCUAUUCUGUGGCGGUAACUAAAGGCCACCUCAUUGAAAGCACAGCUGACAAAGGCUUGGUCUUGAUGGAGAGUGGAACGCAGUUCUGUAUUGUUGUUGGAAAUGAUAAUGAUCAUGCUGCUGAGGUGGACAUAACUUUUGGUGGAAUGUACCUUGGUGUUUGGGCAUUGGAAGCAAAGCAGUCAAUAUCCCACAAUCCUCUGGUGAUUGAAGGUUCCUCCUGGGCCAAAGGGAGGUUGACAUUCUUUAGUCUUGCAGAUGAGAACAAACCCAAACCUAAUGCAGACUACUAUGAUGAAAAUCAAGACCUUCAUGGUUUAAUUGAGCUGGAGUUCAAACCUGAAGUGUACAUGUUAAAAAUGUUUGCACAGCAUGUACGAGAUCAAAGAAAAGAUGAAGGCCUUAUUCCAGUGUCGAUAGCGUUUUCCUGUACAACAACUGUUGGCGACUUGAAACAGGAGAUCAGCAGAAAGUGGGACUCCAGGAUCUCCUGCCUCUUGAAGGGUGGCCAACUUUUAGAAGAAGGAAAAACCAUCAGCUCGUAUGCUUUGAACAAAAAUGAGGUGAUUCGAGUCGUCAAUACUGCAGAGGAACUGAAGAUUGAAUCAGUUGGGAAGGACCCAAUCAUCAUGAUAGUAGAUCCAAGAAAUAUUUCUUUGGAUGAUGUUAAGCAUUUCAUUGCUAAACAUAUCAAAAUUCAGCCUGAUGAGCAACUUUUGAGGUUCAAGGGACAAGAUGUGGACCCUGACAGUAAAACACUCACCCAUGCACUUCUAACAUCUAAGAAGACACCUGAGCUGAAGGUUUUUAAGGACAGAGACAUUAAUAUUGAAAUCAUAAGACCUGAUGGAAGGCAAGAGAGGGUUAUAAUCAACUGGUUUGCAACAGUUCAGGAGCUCAAGGAUGUGCUGGAAGAUAGGGGCAUCUGUGACAGCAGUGAUACCUUAAAACUUUAUGAGAAUAAUAAAGAUAUAAGUGGGGUGGGCAACAGGAAGCUUGUUGACUUGAGUUGGAGAAACACAUUUAAGAUAAUUGUUUCAGAAACAACCCGCAGCACUCACCGUGGAUUCAACAUGAGUUCUCUCAGUGGGGGCUCCAGACGAGGAUUUGGAAUGAAUCUUCAGGCAUUUGAUGGUCUGGUCAAGCCAACUGCAGCUAAAUGUCUUGGCAGGAUGAGAGGAUUUCCAGAUUCGGCAGGGACCCGUGCUGGAGCUGGAGGCAGUACAACAAGUGAAGCAGCUUAUGGCUAUCUUGGAGACGAUGGGGAGGCUGGUGUUGCUAUGCUUUGUGGAGAUGAAGAAAAUGUUUCCAAAAAUUUCCAAGUUGAUAAUUCGGAGCUGAAAUUCUCCAAGGAGAAGGCAGUUACCCUUACCAUUCUGCUCAAAGCCAAGAGUAUGGGUGCCACAGGAGGUGCAACCUGUUCACAGCCUUACUUUCCAUUAGGAGCAUGCUCAGGGGCAACAGGGCCAAAGUCCACUCCAUGCCCACCUCCAGUACCUGACUGAAGAUGUUGCUGACAUGUAAUGGAGUCUUUUGAGGAGUUGUGCUAAAUAAUGAUUACUCAAACAGCUGUAAGGCUGUCAAAUGUAGAUCUAUGCAUUAGUCAAAGUAAACCUGCCCCCCUCCUCUCCCUAAUACCCUGGGAUAUGUGGGGCCUUGGUAAGGAUUUUGUGCAUUUUUGGCAGCCCUUUGUGUCCCAAGAUAGUGGGGAGUGAUGCAUUUUGUCACCAGUCUGGGAAAAUGUGAGGCAUUGGUUGCAAUUAGGAUUCAAUUGAAUAUACAAGAUUGGGGUUUCUCUACCUCACAGAUUUGUGAGGACUUUUAGAUGGCAGGAUUUCUGGGUAGAAUAGUGCUGUAAGGUAUUUUAAUCUGCACCAAAUAUUGAAUAAAGUGUAACUGCCCACAAAGUUAUCAUUUUGAAAACUGCAGCAAACUGACAUUAAUUGUGAAUUCAACUGCUUCGUGGUGUUAGCCAAUUAUUUUAUUUAACCCAUAUUUUCUGAAAAACUUCCCGACAUGGUGGCACCUGUCAGGUUUUGUUUGCUUUUUGGAACCAAUCCCCACCUAUAUCCCAGAGUGGGGUGGAGGGUGAAGUAGGGUGGGGGUGGGGGGAAAGAGGUUUCAGUUACUUAUACUGGUGCAUAAAUGUAGCAGCAUUUUGCCAUGAACUAGCUGCCAUAAAGCUGAGCUAUGUGUUUUUUGUUUCCAACAGCUUAGAGUAUAGCACAAUAGCACAGUAAAUGAUUAGUUAGUCAACCUCCGCCCUGUUGGUGAGUGAUACUCGUGAGUGUGAAAUAGCUGCAAAGCUGAGGCUGGCUGCAGAAUAGAUCCUGAUCAGAGUUCCCUGGCUCUGAAUACAAUAUGUCACAUGCAACAGUGGGACAUGAUGUUUAUUUUUAGUGGAGCUUAGUGUAAUCUGAUGAUUUGAUGAACACAUCUGUCACUAAUGUCAAGGAGGUCCCUUUACUUGAGAUUAUGUACUGCAUGUAGGGGAAGUCACAUAACAAUAUCUAUUUAAGGCUGUGUAGUAAACUGUCAAUUAGUUAUUAAGCAAAUUCUGCUGACUUUGAUAAGAGGAAGUAUCAGUCCAGGAAACAACAGAUUUAAAGGGUAGUAAAUUGCACUCAAGUGAUAAAAGGGUAAAGAAUUAAGGAUAAUUUUUGGAUACUUAAGGUGACUGAACACAGUUUUCGCAUGCGCUUUUGCUGGUGGCGCGUGCACAAGGAUUGUGAAAAACAAACAUGCCAUCAAUAGAGCGGUCAUUUUAUUUACUCAACACGUACUCGCACUAUCUGUGCUAUUUUUCCCUAUAGUUGAUGCAGUGUAUUGAGGACUUUAAUCUGUUAUUACAAAGAUAUGUUAGAAAAGUUAAUGGUGCAAAGUAACCAGCAAUUCUCAGCUUUUUUGUCAUUACCGAAAGAAUCCAUUUAAAUGCAGCGCAUGCGUAGUAAGUAAAAAAAUUGCAAUUGAAUGGAAAAUUGCUUUCUCAGAAAUUUGCCUAUAU